AUAAAAUAAAUAAAAUACAAAUUUAUAUUUUUUAAUUUUUUAUACUAUGACGUCACACAAUCCAGCUAAUGAAGAAGAAGAAGAAUUAACUACAAGAGAAUUAAGAGCAUGGUAUAUAACUUUUGCAGGGACAGAGCCAUACAUUGUGGCAGUUUUAUCGGUUUUUAUUCCCGUAAUAUUGGAAACUUAUUCAAGUCAAGCAGGAUUCAAAUUAGAAGAUAGAAAUGUUCCAUGUGAUAUCACAAUAGAAGAUUAUAAAUGUGUAACAAAAUUCGGAAUGUGGUAUGUUGAUUCAACAAGUUACUCAUUUUAUAUAAUAGCAGUAUCAGUUCUAGCACAAUGUUUAGUAUAUAUUGGAUGCGGAUCAUUGGCGGAUUUUGGGAAUAAUAGAAAAAAAAUGUUGUUAGGAUUUGCUUAUGCUGGAGCUUUUUUUACCAUAGGAUAUAUUUUAGUUCUUAAUCCAAACAUGUAUUGGUUAGCUGGAUUACUAGCUAUACUAUCGAAUGUUUGUUUUGGUGCAUCUUCAGUUUUCUUUUUAGCAUGUAUACCAUCAUAUGCACAUGUUCAUCCAGAUGUAUUACAAGUUAAACGAGAUGGUGGUACGGAAAAAGAAAUUCAUGAUAUUGAAGAAAAAAUAUCAAAUCAAUUAUCUGUCAUGACAUUAUUUUGGGGUAUUCCAUCUGGUAUAUUUAUUUUGGCAAUUUGUUCUGUAAUUACUAUAUUCAUGGAAGAUAAAAUGUUAAGCUUAAAAAUUGGAUGUGUAAUAUCUGGAAUUUGGUGUAUAGCACUUUUAACCUUUCCAGUUUUAUGGAUGAAAAACCGAUCAGGUUUCCCUUUACCAAAAAAUCAAAGUUAUUUUACAUUAUCUUUUAAAAGAGUUGGAAGAACUAUAAAAUCAGCAAGAGAAUUAAUAGAAAUAGUGAAAUAUUUAAUUGCUUGGUUUAUAUUAUCAGAUGGAUUUGGUACUGUUAGAACUGUGGGAACUAUAUUUGCCAAGAAAGUUCUAAAACUUUCUCAAAUUGAAUUAUUAUUGGUAUCAAUAACUGUACCAUUAUCUGCUGUUUUUGGUGCUUACGGUUUUUUAAGGAUACAAAGAUACUUUAAUUUGAGUACAAAAAAGAUGGUAAUAAUAACAACUUCAUUACUUUGUUUAGCACCAGCUUAUGCAUUAUGUGGAUUUAUUGCUCCAUUUGGUUUUAAACAUCCAUGGGAAAUUUGGUUAUUUGCUGUUUAUUAUGGUGGAUUACUUGGUGCUACACAAAGUUUUUGUACAGUAUUAUUUAGUAGUUUGAUACCUAAAGGUCAUGAGAAUGAAUUUUUUAGUUUAAAUCAAAUUACUGAUAAAGGUUCAAGUUGGUUAGGUCCUCUAAUAACUGGUAUUAUUAGUGAUGUAACUCAUGAUCUUAGAAAUUCUUUUUGGUAUUUGUUUUUUUCAAUUUUAAUUCCUGUUUUAAUUAUAUUAACUGUAAAUGUAGAUAAAGGUAGAAAAGAUGCUGAGUUAUUUGCUGAAAAUGAAAAAAUUUUGUUAGAAAAUCAAAUUAAUAAUCAAGAUUAUAAUGAAAAUGAAGAAGAGAAAGAGAAGAUUGUAUAGAUAAUAAUAAUAUUAUUAAUUCUGAUAUAUUUUCAUUA